AUGUCUAGCGAUCAGCAAUUUCCAUCGAGAAAGGAGUUGCGGCCUAAACCUGGCGACCCUGAAGAGUCGGCAUGGAUAUGGGGGGAAAAUGAUGAGUUGGGUAGAUUAAAUCUGCAGACACCGGAGAGAGUUAAGGAAGCGCUGAAAGCCGUAUCGACUGGAGAGACAAUUGCUCUUGGUCUCCCGUUCGAUCAAGUAUCGCCGCCGUGUUAUGGACGAGCUGUCUUUAAGCACCAUAUUCACGAAUUAUUCCCGGGCUAUGCACAUGAUGAUACUUACGAAAUGAACCCUCAGAGCACUUCGCAAUGGGAUGGUUUCCGUCAUUUUGCUCACUUCCCCUCGGGAUACUUCUAUAAUAAAACUACCGGUGCUGAUGUUGUGGGUGACAAGGCCACGACAAAGUGUGGAAUACAGGCAUGGGCAGCUCGUGGCAUUGCGGGCAGGGGUCUUCUCUUGGAUUUCGCUCGUUAUGCCGAAGCCAACAAUAUCAAGCCGGAUUACUAUGAUAACUUUAAGAUUAGUUACGGCGACCUUGUCAAGGUAGCACAGGCACAAGAAAUCGACUUGAGACCUGCAAGGCAGGGAGGUGAUAUUCAGAUCGGGGACAUCUUAGUGAUCAGAUCUGGUUUCACAAAGAACGCCAAUUCACUCACGGAAGAGCAGAGAGCGAAACAUCAUCUCCAAGCGCAUAAAUUCGGGCCUGAUGAUGGACAACGCUACAUCGGUGUGGAACAGAGUGAGGAGAUGGCUGAUUUCUUGCAUGACUCCUACUUCUCCGCGGUGGCGGGGGAUCAGCCCGCAUUCGAAGCGUGGCCAUCCACUGAAGACUAUUACCUCCAUGAGAAACUUUUGGCGCUUUGGGGUUGUCCCAUUGGCGAACUUUGGGAUCUUGAGACACUUGCGGAUAAGUGCGCCGAGAGAAAGAAUUGGACAUUCUUCUUAGCGAGUGCUCCUAACAACGUGAAAGGAGGAAUAGCAACCACGGCGAACGUCCUAGCCAUUAUCUGA